AUGGACCCAGGAGACUUUCCUUUCACUUCCUCCACGCUUCGUGCUCUCCGCCUACAGCAGGAGUGGCUAGAAUGGGAGGACAGGAGGCGCGCUGCUGCCCAACAGUGCCGAAGCCACAGGUACCUCUCAAGUCCGCAGCCUCUACUCCUGAGGCCUCACCGCUCCUGUUGAGACCCAGCUGUCCACAACGCCUUGUUCUCUGGGGACCUGCAGCAGGCCCAAAUUCUGUUCUGAGAUGAAGAGGCGGCCAACAUAAUUGUGGAAACUGUGAACAACCAGCUGGCCUGGUCAGCGGAGCAGGGCUUCUGGGUGCUAACCCCCAAGACCAAGCAGACAGCACCCCUUACCAUUGCUGCAGCCAGAGGCUAUACAGACUGCGCCCGCCACCUGAUUCUGCAGGGGGCUGAGCUGGAUGCCCAAAUUGGAGGCUGUGCUGCCUUGCAUGAGGCCUAUGCUCAAGCCCAUCCUGACUGUGUGCUAUUGCUACUCACAUUUGGUGCCAAGGCUAAUGUGCUGUCUGAGGAGGGCAUGACCCCGUUGCACCUCUGCACAGCUCCCGAGUCUUUGCAGUGCGCCAAGUUGCUGCUGGAGGCGGGAGCGACCGUGAAUGUGGCAUCGCAGGAGAUCGAGGUGACACCUCCCUUGGCGGCAGCGCGCGGCCUCGGGCGCCACGUGGCUCUCUACCUGGAGCACGGAGCAGACGUGGGCCUUAGCACUAGCCAGGGCGAGAGCGCAGGAGCCGAAGGGCCGGGCAGCUGCCGGCAGCAUGAGGUGGCAGCGCGACGGCUCCCGGAGGCCGGAGCUGAUCAGGCAGCUGGGGGCAAACGCCACACGCCACUGCACAACGCCUGUGCCAACGACUGCGGGGUCCUGGCUGAGCUACUGCUGCGCCACGGGGCCUGUGCUGGAGUCGCCAACGGGGCAGGCCACACACACAUGGACCGCGCGCUGCAAGCGGUGCAGGAUGCCCCCAACUGGGAGCCCGAGGUCCUCUUCGCAGCGCUGCUGGACUGCUGGGCUUGGCCAGUACACCCCGAGAUGCUGAAACACUGUGCCAACUUUCCUCGGGCCCUGGAAGUCCUGCUUAAUGCCUAUCCAUAUGUCCCAUCCUGUGAUACCUGGGUGGAGGCAGUGCUCCCUGAGCUGUGGCAGGAGCAUGAAGCCUUCUACAGCUCAACCCUGAGCAUGGAGAACCAGCCAAGGCGUCUGCAGCACCUGGCCUGCCUGGCUGUGCGAGCUCAGUUGGGUAGCCGCUGCUGACAGGCUGACCAGCUCCCACUGCCCCCAAGGCUCAGGGACUACCUACUGUUGUGUGUGGAAGGUCACAUCCAGUGAGCUCUAUUGAGCUCUGUGCUGGCCACUGCUGCUUCCAUCUGUUCCUAAGCCCAGCGGGGGAAACCGACCACUGACCCUCUUCUCUGCACUUUGCAUGCCCUCCAGGACCAGUUUAUUUCUCCACUGAUUUCCCCAGGGUCAGCCUUCGCUCACCUCCUGCUCUUGUGUUUAAGCAAAUGACUUCUCUAUCCACCCAAGCUACAAGUAACUGAACCCAAUUGCAUUUUUCCAGGGCCACCCACAGACCCUUAACUGGGCUUGAUGGCAUAUGCCUCUAAGUACUUGGGAGGCUAAGGCAAUAAGAUUUCGAAUUCAGCCAG